AUGUCAGCCCAUCAUCAAAUGGCUGUGAAUGGCACGGCCAAUCAUCACAGCAGUGAAAAUAAUCACACCACUCACAACACGCACGAACAGAUGCAUAACCGCCGUCAGAAUCCCUACACCCGAAAGGUCACAGUGGUGCUGGGUGCCCAAUGGGGCGACGAAGGCAAGGGCAAGGUGGUCGAUAUGUUGGCCGAAAACGCUGACAUUGUGUGUCGUUGUCAGGGUGGAAAUAAUGCAGGCCACACGGUGGUUGUCGGUGAAAUGGUCUUUGAUUUUCAUCUUCUGCCCAGUGGAAUCAUCCAUGAGAAGAGUACCUCAGUUAUUGGCAAUGGCGUGGUCGUACACUUACCCGGGCUGUUCGACGAGCUUGCCAAAAAUGAAGCGAAAGGGUUGAAGAAUUGGGAAGGCCGAUUAAUAAUCUCCAACCGCGCGCACCUGGUGCUGGACCUGCACCAACAGGUGGAUGGUUUGCAAGAGGCAGAAAAGGGUGGCAAAUCGCUCGGCACAACCAAGAAAGGUAUCGGGCCGUGCUAUUCCAGUAAGGCGACCCGCAACGGUAUCCGUGUGUCGGAUCUGUUGGGCGACUUUAAGAUGUUCAGUGAAAAGUUUGAAGCGCUGGUAGCAAUGUACAAACGACUGUAUGCCGAUUUCUCGGUGGACGUAAAUGCGGAACUCGCACGAUAUCGCGAGUAUGCCGAACGGCUGAGACCGUUGGUGCGCGACUCGGUGUCGUAUUUGCACACGUCGCUUAAGGAGGGCAAAAGCGUAUUGGUCGAAGGAGCGAACGCCGCCAUGCUGGACAUUGACUUUGGCACUUAUCCGUACGUGACGAGCAGCAAUUGCAGUAUCGGCGGUGUACUGACGGGUCUGGGCUUACCACCGCAGGCGAUCGGAGAAGUGAUCGGCGUGGUGAAAGCAUACACCACCCGCGUAGGGGAUGGACCCUUCCCAACGGAAUUGCACGAUGAAAUUGGUUCAUUGCUGCAGAAGCGUGGUGGCGAAGUUGGUGUUACCACGCAGAGAAUUCGUCGGUGUGGUUGGCUCGAUCUGGCUUUGCUACGGUACACCUCCAUUGUCAACGGGUACACCGCAAUUUGUCUAACCAAGCUAGACAUUCUGGAUACGCUCAAGGAAAUUAAAGUAGCUGUCAGCUACAAUCUAAAUGGGAAGAAAAUUGAUUAUUUCCCCGGUUCGAUCACCGACCUAGGCCAGGUGGAGGUUAACUACAUUACCGUCCCGGGAUGGUUACAAUCGACAGAAAAUGUGCGCGACUUUGUUGAACUUCCUCCACAGGCGCAAGAGUACAUACGGUUAAUCGAGAACGAUCUGGACGUACCGGUGAAGUGGAUCGGUGUUGGUAAAGGUCGUGAAUCAAUUAUCUGCGUAAAGGAUUAA